GGAGUUGCUGGGAGCCAACAGGGAGGAUCCAGGAGUCCAGUUUCAUCCACCCUGAGCUCAGAACACACUGCGACCCCUGCCUGCAUCUCUACCCCUGAUUUAUUCCUGUUUAAACCGCUGCGCUACUUUAGAUGAGGAAAAACGGGAUGGAGCACAAACUGCAUCCAUUACUCUGUUUAUAAACAUCUCAGAACAGCAGGAUGGAGUGCACCCAGGAGUCUGUGCUGGAGUUCCUGCUGGAGAAAGGGGGGCGUGUGAGGAAUAAGGAGCUGACAGAGCAUUUUAAAGAGUUCCUCACUGGAGGGAAGGACAGGACUGUGGCCAGGGAGACCUUCAAACGGUUUGUGGAUAACAUUGCCUACGUUAAGCAGGAGAACGGAGAGAAGAUGGUGUGCUUAAAGAAGAAGUACCGGGAGAUGAAGAGGAGGAUGAGGGAUGCAGAUCAUGAUGAGGGUCAUGCAGAGAAUAAUAAUCUGAGGUGUGAAGAUGAAGAUGACAGCCAUGGUCGGGAGACUAAUGGUCAGGGGAAUAAGAGGAUGCUCAGUGCUGUGGGUGGGGAUGCUGAUGAUGCUGGUGGUGGUGAUGAUGCUCAUGAUGAAAAAGAAAAAGAAGAAGAAGAAGACAAAAGAAUGGAUGUGUCAGACUCAGAACCAGUAUCUGACUUGUGUGUUUCAGACAUUGCCCUGAUUGAAGUGACCAGCUCUGACUUGGCACAGGAAGAACAGAAAGGAAAGGACUGUGGAAAAUGUUCUGGGAAUGCCAGAGAGGCAUGUGAAGCUGAGCAUGAUGUAACUGAGGUCACGACCUGCCCUACUUCCACUUCUGGAAAACUGGCCAAUCACGCGGAGCAUGAAUCCAUGGAUUGUAAAGGAGCUCUUGCGGCUCAACUGGCAAGCCGCCGCAGAUCCUCUCGAGGGUCGCAGCGAAGCCUGGUUGCUUCCUUUGACGAUGGCGUAAGCGAAGUCGACGCUCUAGGUGCCUCAGGUUUGGGCGCAGAAGUUGGCACAGGAACACCAAGAGGGAGCCGAAGGAGCUUUGUGGAGAUCAUGAUGAGCAGUUCUCCACAGGUGAGGCGCAACCUGUUGCGCAGGAGCUCCCAAAGUCAAAUGAUGAGCCGAAGACGAGAAUCUCUGAAGAGCGAUGGGGAUUCGGGUUCUAUUCUGUCCUCUGUGGACGAGGACUGUGCUUUGGUAUCUCUAGACCCUCUCGAGCAUGAGUGGAUGAUGUGUGCCAGUGAUGGGGAGUGGGACAGUCUCCAGCGUCUUCUGGAUUGCGAGCCGAGUCUUGUCACCAAGAAGGACUUUGUGACCGGCUUCACGUGCCUGCAUUGGGCUGCCAAGCAAGGAAAACACGAGUUGCUCGCAAUGUUGGUCACCUUCGCCCAGCAGCACUCUGUCGCUGUCAACGUGAACGCCCGCUCCAGUGCCGGGUACACCCCUCUCCACCUAGCAGCCAUGCACAACCACAUAGAGGUCAUGAAGCUGCUGGUUGGAGCCUACAAUGCGGACCUUGAGGCGAGGGACUACAGUGGGAAGAAGCCUUCCCAGUACCUCGAUCCCUCGGUGGCGAAGGACAUUCAGGAUAUUGUAGGAGCUUGCAAGGACUUUGACUUGGGUGUUGAAAAUGUAGAGUACAGUGCUGGAUGGUGGCGCCUUCCCAAAGUUCUCCAGUCCAACCUUAACCCAUUGAGACUUCUCAACCCGCUGGAGGAACCUGCGUCUGACGGCCAGGCCAAGCCAAAAUCGCUGUAUCGCAAGGCUUCCAUUGGCAGGAUCAAGCUAAAUAGAGGCAAGAUAAGGACUCAGAUAGUUCACAGCACCUCAUUCAGAGAGACAGAAGAGGGCAACCGGUCCCUGAAGAGUCCGGUCAAGUCCAGACCCGUAUCUAACCUCUUUGGAUAAUAGAGGAACGUCUCUGAACGAGGACCUUUCCUGAAACUGUCCCAAUUUUACCUCUUAGGUGCUGUCGGACAGUGUAGCAUUGUUUCACCCCCUGAAGCAUUCACGCGGCACUAAGCUCCCCGUUUCGCUAAUGGGCUUAAACACUCAGAUAUGCCUGGAUAUCCAAGCACUUAGGCUCUUUAACAAGAACGAAUUAAAAAACAAAUUAGUAAAGCUUUAAUCUAUGUUGUGAAAAUGUGACCAAUAGGGAUUAGCACUACUGGACCAAUGCAUUUGACACUUUGCUAUAUUUUAAGGUAGAAUUUUAAAUACACAGUUUAAAUACAUGGUUAAGAUGUAGAUGAAGUACAGGUAUUUUAUUUCAGAGUGGGUUUAGUGUUAAAAUUCUCUGACAAUUGGGAAAAAAUAAUGAGAAUGGUGGUGAAUGGAUUUAAAUUAUUCUCAACAUUCCAUAUUAAAAAUGUCUAUAUUUCUGUUGUAGGUAUAGAAGAAGGAUGCUUGCAUUUAUUCACCACAAGUAAAGAAAUCUGAGUCAGUAUAUUUCUCUACAAUCAAUCACAAUCACCAAAUCCUGCUCUUUUUAUCUCUUUUUAACAUGAAUUAAGAAUGUAGGUGAAUCAGUGGAAUUUCCCUUUAACCUGGGAUGCUAGCUAGUGAAUUUCUGAAGCACAUUCAUGCUAUAAAGUUGUGAAAUAUAAAAUAUGCACGCUGCCUGCUGUAAACCUGGUGUAGUUUUUGCACGGUUCUGUUUUGGGUGUUCUGAUGGUGAACAGUGUGCCUUUACUGCUCCUCCGUCUUCCGGUCCUUAACUGGAUUAAUGUUGCUGUUCUGAUGCUUAAAAACACUUUACAAUAAGGAUACAUCAAUUAACAGCACUUCCUAAAGUAAUAUAUAUAUAUAUAUAUAU